ACGCCGGGCGCGGCCAGCCAGCCCCGGAGCCAGGCCCGCGGGCAGCGGCGGAGGCGGCGGCGGAGCUGGGCAGGUGGAUGCGGCUGGAAGAUGGCGCCCUCGGGCCCGGGCAGCGUCAGGCGGCGGUGCCGGCGGGUCCUGUACUGGAUCCCCGUGGUGUUCAUCAGCCUCCUGCUCGGCUGGUCCUACUACGCCUACGCCAUCCAGCUGUGCAUAGUGUCCAUGGAAAAUAUUGGAGAACAAGUUGUGUGCCUGAUUGCGUAUCAUCUACUUUUUGCAAUGUUUGUCUGGUCGUAUUGGAAAACUAUCUUUACAUUACCAAUGAAUCCUUCAAAAGAAUUCCAUCUCUCUUAUGCAGAAAAAGAAUUGCUAGAGAGAGAGCCAAGAGGAGAAGCCCACCAGGAAGUUCUUAGGCGAGCAGCCAGAGACCUUCCCAUCUACACCAGGACCAUGUCUGGAGCAAUCCGCUAUUGUGACAGAUGCCAACUUAUAAAACCAGAUCGCUGCCAUCACUGUUCCGUCUGUGAUAAAUGUAUUUUGAAGAUGGAUCAUCAUUGCCCAUGGGUGAACAAUUGUGUUGGAUUUUCAAAUUAUAAAUUUUUCCUCCUUUUCUUGGCUUAUUCUCUGCUGUACUGCCUUUUUAUUGCUGCUACAGAUUUACAGUAUUUUAUCAAAUUUUGGACCAAUGGCCUACCUGAUACUCAAGCCAAGUUCCAUAUUAUGUUUUUAUUCUUUGCUGCAGCUAUGUUUUCUGUCAGCUUGUCUUCUCUGUUUGGCUAUCAUUGUUGGCUAGUCAGCAAAAAUAAAUCUACAUUAGAGGCAUUUAGAAGUCCAGUAUUUCGACAUGGAACAGAUAAGAAUGGAUUCAGCUUGGGUUUCAGUAAAAAUAUGCGACAGGUUUUUGGUGAUGAGAAGAAGUACUGGUUGCUACCCAUUUUUUCAAGUCUAGGUGAUGGCUGCUCCUUUCCAACUUGCCUUGUUAACCAGGAUCCUGAACAGCCGUCUACUCCUGCAGGAUUGAAUUCAUCAUCUAAAAAUCCUGAAAACCAUCAAUUUCCUGCAAAGCCAUUGAGAGAGUCCCAGAGCCACCUUCUUACUGAUUCUCAAUCUUGGACAGAGAACAGCACAAACCUGGGAAAAGGUAAAGCUGGUAUGAGCAAUCCUGCACUUACCAUGGAGAAUGAGAAUUAACUCUUCUAAGAAAAUUUACUCAUACUUCACGGAAGUAAUCAGUGCUGUCGAUGGAUGGAAGAGGCUUCCCGCAGGAAGGCACCACUAACUAGCUGUUCCCACCCCCUCUGGCUGGAUAUGCAGAAUGUGAAUUGACCGUUUCUCUCCAAGCUGUUGCUUAAAACAUAACACAUUUUUACUCCAGUGUACAGAUUGUUUCAGCUAACACAGAUUCCUCUUAAACAUUAAAAGUAGUUAUGGUUUAUGAAUCAAGGACAAAAAUAUCUUCUAUCAUAAAAACUUGGAAUAAAGUCAUGGGCCAGUUUUCACCCAGAUAUUUGGGGAGCACAACUUACCACAUAAAAAACCCACUGAUCCUCUGAUUUUCUGAUUCAGAAAAUUGAGACUAUUAAGAUACUGAGAUUUAAAAGAUUUCACGUAACAUUAUAAUGAUAAGCUUUAUUCGUAAAACCUGUUACCUACGAGAAGGUGGAGGUAGCAGAUGAGACUUGUUUACUCCCUCUGAUGUGAAUCUAGCCUUAGGCUGCAUGAACUGUAAAAACUAUGAAUCAUUACAAAUUUCAAGUGGCCUGCAGUUGAAGAUGACCAUCCUUUUUUUUUUUUUUUUGCCAGACUUUAAUUCUAGCCUUUGUUCCCUGCUGGAAAAGAAGUGAUCAUUGAAGCUUGAGCUCAACUGGCUGGAAAAUCUUUGUCAGAAUUAAUACAUUUCUAUUACAUCAGAAAUAUAUUUUUCAUUUAUUUUAAUUAUCUGAAAAUGGGGGAAAGUCUAUAAUAACAAUUAUGAAGAUUGGUUUAUGAUAUUCUUUUGCUGGUUUAGCUUUUAAAAGUCUCUUUUUAGGUUAUUCUAUUGAACAUAGCAAACAUUGAAUUUUUGUUAAGAAUCCCUGAUGGGCCAAUGAAUUAAUCCUUCAUUGACAUCUAUAUUAUUUCUUUUUCCUCUCAUCAGAAGUAUGACAGUUAAACUACAUAGGUCCUCAAAUACCUGUUAAGAUUAAAUUAUGCAAAUCAUCAAACAAAAGUCAUAUCCUUUUGGAAAUUUAGUCCCACAGGAACUGAAUGGUGUGCUGUUUGGAAACUGAGUUUAAGAUAAACUACAGUGGUGUGUUUGUUGAUGCCAAAAUGUUCGGCUUCAGUAAAUAUACUAAGAAGCUCUUGUGCCUUCUAUGCACUAUUAAAGAGUCUUAUUCUUUUUUAAUUUGAUGGAGUGCAAGUUUUGUAAAUGUUAGCAAUUAGAAUACGCUGUAUACAUUUUUUUGGUACUGAUUUUGAGAAUUUAAAGCAGAUUACCCUUUAAGACUACACAGCUAAGGAACUGGUAUUUAAACAAAGAGAAAAUGGUAUUAAAGUUUUCAAAAUCUGAAUUAGAUAAAUUCAACACAAAGUAGACUAGAAGACCAGAGGAUAAUGGAGUAACAGAUCUUUGCAGUUGCUCAUCCUUACUAAAAAUAUGAAGUUUUAUAUUAAAUGACUUCAUAAAAGAACCAGUGUCAGCCCAGUCCAUUUUAUAAAUCAUUUGAGUGCAAUUCUUUGAGCAAUAGGAUGGUGGUCUUUUUCAGGUUUUUUUUUUUUUUAAACUAAAGAUUUUGAUCUGACAAUCUACUUCAAGAAAACUCGGAAGAUAUGAUACAUUCUUCCUUUUAUCCUAAAGCAUUGUUUGGUCAUCGUUUUCAUUACCUGAAGUGCCAGGUUGGAACCUAUAGCUCCUGUUAGAAGUCUUAAGGGCAAGAGCAUCACAUAAUGUAUUAAGAAUUAUAUGCAGCCAGAUGUUUUUCAAAGCACAGUACUAGAGCUGUUUUUACGGACAGGAUUCUGUUGGGUGACCCCCUCCUGUCAAACUAGAAAUUAGGGGAAAAAGAGGGAUUUUUAUUCUUUACCUUGCUAGAGUACUGUUAAUUUUCCCCCCUCCCUUUAGCUCUUUCAUGUAAUUAUUCAAAUCCAUAAGUCAAUAUACAUUAGAAUCAGAUGAAAACAUUUUUCAAAAUAAAGUUUUUUUCAUUAAGUUGUAAUGGUUCCCUUUUUGGUUUCAUACAGUGACUAAUCUUUAAAAUGUUUUUUGUUUAGUUUUGUUUUUAACUCUAAGGGGUUAUAAUUUUUGGAGAUGAUGGCAUAUCAUUAGAUUUGCAGUAUAAAUUUUAUCUGAGUGAACAGAGCAUCAAAUAGACCUACGUUUUGUAUAUAUUUAUAAAAUGUACCUUAAAAACACUUUAAACACUUUGCUUUAAAAAAUUUAAUUGCUUAACUCAAACUUGAAGACCCUUGAAGUAUGUCCUGACAGUCCAUUAAAUGAUAAUUUUGAUUUUUCCUGUUUUUAGAGAUUAUAUCAUAUAGGUAUCAAUAUUUAAGAAUUUUUUCAUUUAAAAAUGUUGUACAAAUGCUUCAUAUACAUUAGCUAUUUGCCAUUGUGCAGUGAAAGAUUUGUUUUUUUCAAAGAGAAAAAAACUGCAUCUGAAUACAAUGAUGAGACAUUCAAGUAAGUGCUUAUCUAUGAAUUCCCUCCUGUUAUACCAUAAUAAAGUCUGGUUGAUCACCUUUGUUAGCUGUCUAUAUGAAAUUGCCUUUGCACUAACAAUCUAAGUUGCUUUAAAGAUAUACUUUUCCUAAUCAUCUACCAGAGCUCCUGCAGGCAAGAUUCAUGUCUACAACCUGGUUAUAACAUAGGUCUUUGGAGAUGAAGUGGAUGACAGGAUGAGAAAAGCCACCACGUAUAUUCUAACCUCAUAAAACUUAAACGCAAAUCCACUUACACUGUAAACCGUGAUGAAGGUAUCCUCCAGUACGACCAUCCCCCUUCCACAGACUACAAGUUCUGAUCUGCUAACAUUUUAUCUGAAGUGAUGCAUUUCAACAAUGGAUUUUCGCUAGUAACAUACAUCUCUGGUAGUGUCCCGAUUUGUAUCAAGUGGACAUCACUGAAGGGAUGAGUUCAAGUAGGCUUGUUUCAAAGGAACUCCUGUGGAUCACAAACUAUGAAGUAUCUCCCAGCACGAUGUUCAGUAUAGCAGGAGGCUCUGAAAUAGGAUGUUUUUUCCAUCUUCCAAAAAAAAGGAUGCAAGAAGUAGAGAAUAUGGAUGAGCCCUGGAGUAAAUGGCUAGAAAGAAUCAACAGAAGGACAGUCUGUAUACAGAUGUAUACUUCAGGAUGAACCAGAACCAAGGCCAUACAAAUGACCACAAUAUUUGGCAUCAUCAAUAUGAUCUUCAAAGAACAUCUAAAAAGGAAUUUUGGAAGAAAAAAAGAUAAUUUUAACCAAAAGAAGCAACACUGAUGUGGCCAACAGAAAGUCCUCUGGAGUUCUCCCGUUAGUAAUGUGUAUGACCUUGGAUAAAGGCUACCUGCAUCUGGCCUCAGCUUCCUCACCUAAAAAAUAAUAUGGUUGGACCUACAUGACUUUUUAUUCUACAAAGAACUUAUUUUUUUCAUUGCCUUCUGAACUACAUUUCAAGAUGACUUAUGAUGACUUUUGAUUACUUUCAUUCAAGUGUAGUGAGUAUGACUUAUAUGGUACUUAUAAUUAUAUACUUCACUUAAUAUGUACUUAUUGCCCCAAAACUUUUGCCAUUAGAUUUUAAUGUUCUCAACCUAACCACCAACUGAGAAAAAUGCACUGAUGUCUCCAUACUUCUCUCAUUUUGAAAAAGGCCAUUCCUGUGAGCAAUGAGUCAGAUCCUGCCUGAUGCUGUGGUCCUAUCCGUUCCAGCUCUAACUGUUCAGCAACUUCCUGUAAACCACCCUACAAGAAAGAAAAAUGGCUUGUCAAAAGAAAGAAACAUUGCAACACUCGAAUUCACAAAUUACAUAACUUAGACAAUGACCAAAAUAGAAAUGAACUUCAGUAUGUAAAGACGGACCUUAUGAAGAUCAGCAAAAAAACAGAGAAUGUGAAUUACUGAUGUAUUUGUUGAAUGGGGGAGAUGUUUAUAAUUUAAUAAAUGAGAUCCUAAUUGGGAAAAUUUA